AACAUUAUAUUCUCGUAUGCAUGUGUCAAUAUUGGAGUAUGUGUUUUGAAUUGGAACAGACAUCUGCAUAAUUUAAGCAACAUUUGAACUAAUAGAUUGCAUUUUCUACUUGCAGAACAUAUUCUGGUGGUAGCUGAGCAUGGUCCCCUUGUUUACCAGUGUACCACUUGCCAAGUGACAUACAGAGUUGAUGCCAAAAGACCGUUCCUCACUCAUAUGCGUGGCCACAAUGGAGCAAAAAUGCUCCCCUGUUCAUUAUGUGAGAAAAAAAUGAGCAAUUUUACAGUGUUCAUUGACCACAUGCUCAGGCACCAAGGAAUCAAACAGCCGCAGGUUGCGUAUUCUCGAAAACCAUGGGACAGGAAGUGUGAUCUCUGCGGUAAGGUUUUGAAAUCAGCGAAAGCUUUCAAUCACCAUCUGGCAGCUAUGCACGCCAAAGAGAAAUCAUUUAAAUGCGGAAAAUGUGGAAAAUCAUUUGGCGCGGAAUAUAUUCUAAAGUUGCACAUGAAGCGCCAUGCUGAGAAAAAUAUCAUAUGCAAUAUAUGCGGAAGAAAGUUCAUUGAUAUUGCAGCACUUAAAGGUCACAUGGUCAUGCAUACUGGCGACAAAAAGUUCAAGUGCAAAAGUUGCAGUCAAGGAUUUCUGCAUCGUUAUUUGCUAUUAAGACACUACAGAGAAACAAAAGAAUGUGCUAGUAAAGCUAAGGUUGAAAUUGCAAAAUUUGUUUGUGACAUAUGCGGUAAUGAACAUAUCACAAAACGUGGUAUGGAAGACCACAAGGUUAGAGUCCAUGGAAUAACACAAAACACUGCUGAGUUUAAGUGCAACAUCUGUGAUAAAGUCUACUUGUUGGCUAAAGAUCUCCAACAGCAUUUAAGACAGAGUCAUGUGAAGAAUCAUAAGUGCACAAAUUGUAGUAAAUCAUUUGGAACAAGUAGGACAUUGAAACAGCACAUGAGGACCCACACUGGAGAGAAACCAUUUAAAUGCCACCAAUGUGAUAAAACAUUUACACAGUAUGGGAGUUUGUAUAAGCAUAAACGAACACAUAGUAAAGAUGAAACAGAGUCUGUGAAGCUCAAUAUGAAAUACUCCACUGGCUACCAACUUGGAGACACCAAGCCAAGUGUGGUUGCCAUGUCAAGUGGGGACAAUCUCUACCCAGUGAGGAUUAAUCUUAGUACACCAGAGACAGAUCCUAGCAAAGCUUACCAAACAAUGAAUGACCAUGGCAAAUCAGUGUACCCACAAAUCGAGGAGAAUGGCAAAGUAUACCCUGUAUAUAUGUACCCAUCAUGUCCACCUGAUACAAGUGAAUACCAGGGACCAUCUAUAUCAGACAGCAUUACUGCACACCAGUCCCCAUGUACAUCAGAAACAAGUACAAACACAACAUUCAAGCCUUCAAUUCAAGACACGAGCAAGCUAUACUUGGCUCCUGUAUCAGCAUCAAGUACAAUAACAUCAAGCAAAACAUACCAGCAUCCUCCAACACUGGACCCUAGUAAUGCAUAUCCAUCCUGCUCCUCUCAUGAUGCUGCAGAUAAAUCAUAUCCACCAGGAAAUAAACCAUAUCCAGUUAGUUCUGAACUGUUUGCCCCUACCACCUCAUCGAUUGAAGGUAAACCAUACACAUCUCAGGGAGACAUAGGGAAUGUUUAUCCAUCUGUCCAAGACAAGCUCUAUACCCCAGUAGAGCCAACUCAAGGGGGAGAGCAACAACAUCCUGUCUCUCCUGACAAAGCUUACCCUUCACAGUUUUAUCUACUAUAGGAACCAAAACCAACCAUACCAAGGGGACUCAAUCUGAUUGGUUUGAAUUAGAUAAAUGAAUGUUGACAUUGAGGGAACAGAUGGACAACACAGAUAAAUAAAUUAAAUGUUGAUGAUUGUUUAGUAAUUAUUAUCAUUGAUUUCGUAAUCUUGAUAUACACUAACACAUUUUGUGAAAACAUUGCUGAAUAGAACCAUAAAUUGCCAUUUAAUACAUAACAUAGC